GCGCAGUGCACAACAACCUGUGAAGCAGGAGAGAAGUGCGUCGGUUCAGAUUGCGCCGAGUGUGACCCAGGCACAUUUCAAGAUGCAAACGACCACAUGCAGACCACGUGCAAGACAUGCAUGAACCUGAACGCCUACCAGCCAAACUCCGGUCAAGCAGGCUGCAUUGAGUUUGCGUCAUGUGGCCGAGGCAAGAAGUUUGUGACCGGCACAACCACGACACCUUCCACAUGUGUAAACUGCGAUGCAGGCACAUAUCAGGAUCAAAACGGUCAUUUUGAUCCAGACUGCAAACCGUGCACGGGAAACACGUUCACAGACCAGCCGGGACAACAAGGCUGCUCGGCGUGGUCGUCGUGCAAUCAGGGCCAGAAGUGGGCAGCGGGUUCAGCCGAUGCAGACGCAACAUGCUCAAGCUGCACUCCAGGCACGUACCAAAAUGAGUUCAGCCACCAGCACACAUCGUGUAAGGGCUGUGGAGCUGGAACGUUCCAAAGCGGACACGGCGCCUCAGGUUGCGACGACUGGAAGACAUGUGGAAAAGGCAAAAAGUGGGCGACUGGAACGUCCACAACGGAUGCAACGUGCUCGCCUUGCGGAUCAUUUGAGUUCCAGUCCAAGUCUUCGCACCAGGACACCUCGUGUACCUCGUGGUCCACGUGUGGGCCGGGGUAUGAGGUGACCAUCGAACCGACAGCCAGCAACGACCGCUUGUGUGCAAUGUGCGAUUACGGGCACUACCAGGAUGACACAAACCAGAUGGACUGCAAGCCGUGUGAUCCUGGCCAGCACCAAGACGAGCGCGGGCAAAUUGAGUGCAAGGCGUGUGGUGCAGGCAAAUACCAGGGCAGCUCUGGCCAAAAGGACUGCAUUGCUUACAGCACGUGCGAUCGAGGAGAGCGGUGGAUCAGCGGAACGAAGACGAAGGACUCGUCGUGCAGGAGCUGCGAUAUCGGCAAGUACCAGAACUUCCUCAACCACCAGCGCACAUCGUGCAAGACGUGCCCUGAUGGGAAGUACCAGCUGAACACGGGGCGUGGUAGCUGUCCAGACUGCACCACAUGCGAGGACGGGUUCGAGGAGGUGCUGCCUUGCACACCGACAUCCGACCGCACAUGCACAGAAAAUGACCCGCCUACCAUCGUGCUGCGGCGGCCAGACAACAACGCCGUCAUCACAAACACGUACACGGUUGAGGCUGGGCUGCCUUUUGAGCCCCCAAUCUUCACGGCAACAGACACGGCGGCCGGUACCGUCACAAAGACGCCACCACCCAACCUCGGCGAUAUUGACACGAGCACCGUGCGGUCUGACCAGAUGCUGACGUACAAGGCGACGGAUGCGAACAUGAACACGGCAACACGCACCAUCACCGUGGUAGUCGUGGACACGACAGGGCCCGCCAUCACAUUUGACCCUGCAGUGCUGCAGCUGGAGGCCGGGGAGGAGGUGAUGCGCAGCAAUUUCACGGCCGGCGUUUCCAUCGUGGACCGCGUGGACGGAACACUCGGCAUCGACCUGCUGGAGUACGAUGCCAGCGACGUGAAAGUGAACAAGCUGGGCAUGUACGAGGUGGUGUACACGCUGUCUGCAUCCGACUCGAACAACAACGAAGCGCCACCCACCACACGCACAGCAGCCGUCGUCGACACCCUUCCACCGGUCAUCACCAUUGGUUUUGGCGACCGCGAAGUGUCGGAACACAACGUGGUUAUCCACGAGGCGGCAACAGAGUUUAUCUUCCCGAGCCAGUCUGCAUUUGAUACAUUCGACACCGCUGUCAACGGCGGCGAUGUGCGACGCAAUGAAGAGCCGACCUUCCACUCGGUUGUGGACGAUGGCACGCAGUUCACGUUCACGUACACGGCGACGGAUGCAUCGGGCAACACGGCGACGGUGGUGUAUGUGAUUGAGGUGCGGGACACGAUUGCGCCAACCAUCACCAUCAAUGGCGAGCACAACAUCACGCACGAGGCCGGGACGGAAUAUGUCGAUGCAGGAGCAACGGCAACGGACCUGCUGGAGGAUGCGAUUGGGCGCGGGGUGGAGGUGGUGGUCACCAAUAACGUGUUGAGCAAGCCGCCGUCUGUGCCCGCGGUGUUCACGGUGGAGUACGACGCGUGCGACAAGGCCGGCAACUGUGCCAAGGCAACGCGCUCCGUGACCGUGCUGGACCGCACAGCCCCGAGCAUCAAGCUCAUUGGCGGCUCACCACUGGUCGUAGGAGCGGGAAGCAACUUCACCGACAUCGACCCUGGCGUGACGCUGGCUGACCUGUACUACGACAACGCCGACCUGACGCUGGUGAUUGACGAGGGAAGCUAUUUGACCACACCAACAACAGCUCCGGUCUCCUUCAACGUCACAUACACGGUGGCAGACCCGUCCCGCAACACGGCCAGCGUCACGCGCACCAUCACCAUCAUCGACACAACGCCGCCAGACCUACGUGUCAACGGGAACCUGAGCGUGACGGUUGGCGACGGCGUGACGUGGGUUGAGCCGGGCAUUGCACGUGCAUAUGACAACAUCGAUGGUGAUGUGCGAUCGCGUGUGGUGGCGACGACGCAACUUGAGGAGGCCGGCGUUGUUGUUCCCACCAUGUGUGCGUAUUCAUCUGCGCGCGAGUUUGUGCCGCCGCUGUCGCCGUGCGUGUGGUCUUCACCUCGAAUGGACGCGGUGGAGUCGAGAGCGCCGAGCGGCACCGUGUACCGCAUCAACUACACGGUGGCGGACGCAGCGAGCAACGUGGCGUUUGUGGAGCGCGUGGUGCGGGUUGCAGACCCCUCGUCGCCUCUCCUCCGCGUCAAUGGUCGUGGUGUCAUGACGCUGGAGUUUAGUGACGAUCGAGGCUCAUUUGCCGAUCCUGGAGCAACAGCUCUCGACGCCCACGACGGCGACCUGAGCGGGGACGUGUGCGUUGGCGUGAGCAUUGUGACGCGCGACGCGAGCGGCGUUGUUGCGCCAGGCGACGUUGAUGGUAUUGGCGAAGCUGCCAUCAACUAUGUCCUCUCGCUUGCUCGCAACGCAUCCACAACAAUAGCACCACCUCCCGCCACUUCCACCGCUUCCACAACUACGAUGAACGCAGACACAAGCAACAGCAACAGCAGCAGCAGCACAGCGAUAACGACCACUGCAGCUGGGACGACAGCUGCGGACAUGUUUGGGCUGGACGCUGCUGUGGCGUCGGCGGAGGUGGGCACGGUGUAUGUGCUGCAGUACAGCGUGCACGACCGGGCGGGCAACGCCGCUGUUGGUGUGCAGCGGGCGGUGGUGGUGGUGGACACGACGCCGCCCGAGGUGACGCUGUAUGGCGCGGAGGAGGUGCACGUGCCGUAUGCGACACGGUAUGUGGAGGCCGGGUACAGCGCACAGGAUGUGCACGACGGCAACAUAACGUCGCAGGUGGUGGUGAGUGGGGCCGAUGCGAUUGACGUGCACGUGGCGGGGACGAACGAGGUUGAGUACGCGGUGACGGAUGCGAACGGCAAUACGGGUGUCGCGGUGCGGACGGUGGUGGUUGACGGGUUGACACGACCCGAUGGUGUGAAUACAGUGGUGAGGCUGGUGCUUGCAGGCACGGCGGAGUCCAUCUUUGACGGCGACGUGCAGCAGCUGGAGCGCCUGCUGGAGGAGGCGCUGAAUGUCGAGUUUGUGGUGGUGUUGAGCGUGGAGGAUGGGCCGGCGGUUGUGCUGCGCCCUGAACAACGGCGCGUGAUGACGACGGUGGUGCAGUUUGGCGUGCGCAAUGCCACGUCCCUGGCGUGGGAGUCCAACACAGAUGCGAUUGGUACGCUCGAGAGCCGAGCAUCUUUGGACAAGGCACGAAUCGUUGACGUGCACAGCGCCAACCCUCAAAUGCAGUCAGCGUCUUCUUCGUCGUCAAGUUCGUUGACUGUUCUGGCUGGCAGCGUUGCUGGCGGUCUUGUCCUCGCGGUUCUGCUGGUUAUCGCUGCUGUUGUGUGGCGGCGAAGGAAGCGGUCACGAGCGGAACUUGCCAUGGUAAGCAACAUCAUCAAUGCCACCAACCCCACAUUCUCCCCUCACAGUGAGGACACUGCAGGUGAUGAAGUGCAUGCGCAACAUAAAUGGGAUGCGGCGGUGUACGACGUAUCUUCCCCUCAGUUUCAUCAUCAGCAGCAAGCCAUGGGCAGCCAGGGCAGCGAGCUCAGCGAUUCGGAACAUGUGUACGCCACGCCGUCACUGUUGCCAGAGGUGCCACGAAAUCCACAGCAGCGUGGGCGUGUGCACUCUGUACAUGCGUGGUCCACAGGGCUGUACGACAUUGAAGAGGAAGAGGAGGAGGAUGACGACGACGAAGACACCGUAUCCCAGCCAGCAGGGCGUGGAGUGUCUGGCUCUGGUUCUGGCCGUGGGGAUGUUGGUGCACGUCGUGAAACGUUGUUUGCUCAGCGCAUGCAGGCUGCCCGUGAACAGCAGCAGCGCCAACAAGCGCAGCCGACGUAUGAUGUGGUGGAAGCAAUUGGGGCGCACACGGAGAAACACAGCGAAACUUAGAGGGAUGAAUGAGUGCUACAUUGAAGUUGUG